AUGAAGCAUAAAUCUCCAAAGCUCCGACACGCAAUGGUCUGCACCUCGAACCAGAAUCGAAGCAUGGAAGCCCACUCCCUCCUCCAGCGCCAUGGCUUCGACGUCUCCUCCAACGGCACUGGGGUACACGUUAAGCUCGCCGGUCCAUCGUACCGAGUGCCCAACGUCUACGAAUUCGGAACUCCUUAUCACAAAAUGUACAAUGACCUCCUCCGCAAGAACCCUGAAUUGUACAAGCGUAAUGGGAUCUUGCCGAUGUUGAAGAGGAAUAUGAGUGUGAAGCUAGCGCCUCAGCACUGGCAGGAUAAUGCUGCUGAUGGCCCGUUUGAUGUUGUUCUCAGUUUCGAAGAUAGGGUUUCCGAUGUGAUCGUUGAUGCUGAUACUUUGCGAUUGGGUUUUGAAUUUGAUUGA